AUGAGUAUGGACGCUGGCGGUCUUGCUCAUAUGACCUACAACAACAACUUCAAUAAUGGCACUUCCCUCGGCGUGCCGGGCUCCGGCUUCGCUUCGCGGGGGAAGGGCUCGCACAUCAAGCGCUUGAGCAUGCCUCCCCAGGUCGCCACCAUUGAUGAGUCUCAGGCCUCUGCGCCCAUGGCAACUCCUCGAACCAGCCGAUCGCAUCUCUUGGCCGGGCUCCGAACUGCCCCCCGGUCUGCCACGAUCCCCUCGCAACACCAGCAGCGCAAUGGCUUUGAUAACUCUCGAUAUGCUAAUUAUACUAGCCGAGGGAAUGACCGUGUCCCCCAAACUGCCACGGGAGCUGGAUUCCCGCAGCACGCGUACGCUCAGAACCACGGGAUGAAUGCGCAGCAGAAUCAUCCUAUGUACACGAUGCCGGAGCAGGUGCUCGCACCUCCGACUCUUGACAUGGGCGGCGAUAAUGGCAUCGAUGAGAAUCUGUAUGCUGAAUUGAUGUCGACCAAUCUCUUCCUGGCUGCGCAGCAGCAGCGCCUGCAGCAACAGCUUAUCAGCGUCACCGCUGCAGCCCAGCAAUUCCAGGGUCUCAACCUGGGAGGAAUGCCUCAGCAGACAAUGCCCUCGCUCUCGAUGGCUGCUGGCAUGGGUUUCUAUCAGCAGCAGCUUCAGCAGGGCGUGCAGCCGAUUGUGCAGCCAGUUCCUGGGCAGCCUGGCUGGUUCUGUGUCUACAACCCCCUCACUGGUCAGCAGAGCUAUAUCAUGGACAACAGCUUCCAGGACGCCGGAUCGCCCCAGGGCUAUGCCGAGAACUAUUCUUCUGGUCAGCAGGUUCCUCAGUUCCGUGCUGAGAUCUCCCCGCCCGACUCUGUUCCCUCUCCCAUGCAGUUCUCGCAGCCGUCGUCUGCUUUCCGACGCAACCACCGCAAGAACGCAUCGUUCAAUCCGACGUUGAAGACCAACAUUGACACCACCAAGGCCAACAUUGGAGCUGGCCCCAGGUCUGCUGUUCUGCCCCCAACCCCAGCCACUGGAACUUUUGGUCCUGGCCAGGCUCGUGCUGGUGAGCAUCCUAUCCGUCAGCCCCGUGGCCCGCCUUCCCUCGAGGAUCUCGUGGCAAAGCCAACUUCCAAGCACGAAGGAAGCAAAAACUUUGCCACCCGCCAGCGACGCCGUGCCGUUCACAACCUGGUUCGUGCUGGAAUUGAGCGUCGGGGUGAUACUCGUAGUGUCGGAUACCACAGCAGUGGCGGCACCAACACCCCCGCCAGUGAGAAGGAAUUUACUUUCUCUGAUGGCGACGAUGCCACGGUGCGCAGUGGCAGCCUCUCCAGUAAGCCCAGCCUGGGCAGUCUGCGGGCUGCUGCCAAUGGCGCUAUUGGAUCUGAGCGUAAAGAGAAGACUGGCCGGGAGCGCAAGUCCCCCGACAGUCCCUUCAGCAGCGCCACCCCGACCAGCGAGGACGGCUACUUCGUGUCGAAGUUCUCGGACAGUGUCUCGUCGCCGACCUCUGGCACUACCUCUCCCUCCGUGGCGGCCGUCGUUGCGGGCCAGGGGCAGGCUGUGCAAGCACCUGAACGCCGUAAGACGCCGAUGCUUGUGCUGUCCAGCGCCGAAAAGCGCAAGACCCCUCUGAUGUAA